AUGCAGAAUCGAAUCGAUCGGUUAGAAGGGUUAGUGCUAUCGUUGAUGACAAAUGGAUCGCAAUCUGCUGGUCCGGCGGCUGCUAUGGCUGCUCUUUCGGGAGAAAGCAGUGCUGGAUCGGCUGGCCCUUCCCAUGAGCUCGACAUCGACGAGGAGGGCAUGGGCCUCGAAGAGAGCGACACCGAACAGGUGACCAAAUCGUUUGGUGUUAUGAAGAUGGACAAUAACAAGUCAUAUUACAUGGGGAAUGCUCACUGGGCUUCUAUUUUGAACGAUAUCUCCGAGGUGCGGAAUUUCUUCUCGACACAUAAGAAGCAAUUUGAAGAGCAAUUUGAAAAGGUCAAGGCAGCUCAACCGGCCACCGAUGUGCCUGGAUCAACCUUGUUAUUCGGGGUGAUGAAGCCGAUGAGCCGCGGCGAGAUCAUGUCUGCGUUGCCAUCCAAAUACACCACUGAUCUUCUUGUGACUCGCUAUUUCAACUGCUAUGACCCUGCCACACAUAUUCUUCACGGGCCCACAUUCCAAACACAGUACAACAAACAUUGGGAAGAUCCUUCUCAAACAGAACUUGUCUGGAUUGCCAUGCUAUUUGCAAUGAUGCGACUAGCAAUGCUAUCAUAUUACAACGAAGGCGACGAACCGCCUGAGUUCAGAGGCAAAUCUAUAGACAUGGCAGGAGGAUUUCGAAAUUCCGUGGCACAGUGUUUGACUUUGGCCGACUACACAAAACCCCAUCCGUAUCUGAUUGAAGCGCUGGUGUUCCAUCUUCAUGGUGACUUUUCGCAAAGCCGGGACACGGACGUCUCAAUUUGGGUACUAGCCGGUGUUAUCACCCGCCUGGCAAUGCGGUCAGGAUACCACCGCGACUCGAAAAUGUUCCCGAACAUCACACCUUUCCAGGGCGAGAUACGGCGGCGAGUCUGGAGCUUCGUGCGUCAGGCAGACCUGCUGUUCUCGUUCCAGGUUGGACUACCAAGCAUGAUCCGCUCUUCUGACAGUGACACUGAACUACCAAGCAACUUGUAUGAUGAUGACUUUGACGAAGACUGCAAAGAGCUCCCGCCAUCUCGUCCGUUGAGCGAACCAACUCCAAUCUCGUAUUUGAUUGCCAAGGCGCGUCUGACCUAUGCCUUUGGCCGUGUCAUUGAGCAGAGCUCCGCUAUUUCGAACACCUCAUAUGAGAAUGUGAUGGAAGUCGACGCGGAGCUUCGCCAAGCAAGAGACAUGAUUCCUCCCCACCUGAAAAUUCGACCUAUCGAGGAUUGCCAGAUGGAUCCUUGUAACCUUAUCAUGUCACGAUUUGCCGUCAAGGCUGUUUAUGAUAAAGCACAAUGCGUGCUCCAUCGACCAUAUUUGGCUCGUGCCAGAGAAAAUCCUCGCUUCACAUAUUCUCGAAGAACAUGUAUCGACUCAGCAAUGGAGCUUUUGGAAGUCCAAGGGCUCCUACACACAGAACUACGCAAAGGACGUCUGCCUACCCGUCAGAGCAAAAAUAGCUCUUUGAGUUCGGCUGAUUUCCUGCUCUCAGCGACAGUCGUCUCUCUGGAUCUGUACCACGGCCUGCAAAUGCAAGUGUCAGGACGGCCAUCUGGAGACACAUACACAUGGGGCCGGGAGCGGCGCGAGGAGAUGAUGACGGCACUUCAGCGUUCGAAAGACAUCUGGGAUGAAAUGAAAGACGAAAGCAUGGAGGCAUACAAGGCAUCGAGUGUUCUGGAGGUCAUGCUCAGCAAAUUGCUCAUGGUGGCCCCUACCCUUGAGAACAGUGCUGGUGCUACCACAUUUGAGCCCCAAGACGAGAAGCAGAAUGCUGCAAUGACUCUUGGAUUGCUGAGUAGCGGGAUGAGCCCAAUGAACCCAGGCCCGCCUCCAUUCGCUGAUCCUAUGUUCAAAAUGGGAGACUCGCCAAUGCCCACAGGCGCAGGCACCUCGGCCGAAAUGCCGGGUGGUCCACUUUCACCAUUCAGUAGCAUGUUCGGUCAAAUGCCGGACAUGCAAGUUAAUCUUGACUGGGAUGCUUGGGACACAUAUCUUCAAAACCCAACACUUGACUCAUCAAAUCAAUUUUGGCCCAUGAUAGAUGCCCAACGCCAACAAAUACCUCAAUCCGGAGGCAUGUCACAGCCUCCAGUAUCGAGUCCUCUCGCAUCCGCACGGGUUCCCUCAAUGUCAAGUAGUGGGACGACUCCUAGCCUGCAACGACUACCAACAAUAUUCACACCGCCAUCUAAUAGUCCUGAGAGCGGAGUCCCGCCGAUGUCUGGGUAUAAUGCGCCAAUGCCUCAACCAGUGACUCCCAUCCCCUCGAUUACGUCCAGCACACUAUCGCGAUCGAAAUGUUUCCCCUCAACAUCGCUGCUAGUCAUACGGGCUACCAACUCGGCUAUGCAGAUGAGAUGGAACAGCGACCGUCCGUCGAUCCGCUACACCAGACCGAGGGAAUACGAUGAGCCCAGAAGCCGGGAACCAUCGCGUGACAAUGGUGGAUCACGCCCUGUAGCCCCAAGGCAACCGAGACGGCAAAAUAUGAGAGAAAAAGCGUCGCCGAGGACCACGGUUUACGUUGGAAACCUGUUCUUCGACGUGACUGCCGAGGACCUGCGCACUCAGUUUGAAAAGUAUGGAGUGGUGGAGAACGCAGUCCUCGUGCAUGACUCUCGAGGAUUAAGCAAAGGCUUCGGUUAUGUCAACUUCAGCACCAUCGAGGAAGCCGCAAAUGCCAUACAACAGGCUGAUGGCAUUGACUUUGAGGGCCGCCAGCUCACCAUUCAAUAUGCCAACACCGUUUACCGUGCCAAGAGCGAAGAUAGGCCUUCAAUGACUCUCUUCAUCGGCAACAUUCCCUACGAAUUGACGGACCAGGAUCUGCAGAAUCUGUUUGAUGACAUCCAGGGCGUGAAGGAUAUCCGUGUCCCCGUUGACCGCCGCACAGGCUUACCGCGUGGAUUUGCUCAUGUCGAUUUCCACGACCAGCAGAGCGCCACUGAUGGCAAGGAGAAGCUGGCUCGCAGAGCGCCUUAUGGUCGUAAGCUUAUGGUGGACUAUGCCAGGACCAAGGUUAUGAGCCCGGAGUUCCUUGAGCGUAAGAACCAGAAGAAGAUUGAAAAGAUGGAGAAGACUAAGGAAAAGCUUGCAAUGGAGGAGAAUCGGGAUGUCCCCGAGGAAGCGGCCUCUCGGGAAUCCCAGGAGUCCCAGGAGUCCCAGGAGCCCCAGGAGCCUCAUUCGAAGGCGUGA